UAGAACACACAGACCAGCAGUCAUCCACAGCUUGGCUGUCAUUGAACUUCAGCAACUGGGUAUUUCUUGCCUACACUUUAGUCAGGACUUACAACACUGCAGUGAAGUAUAGAUUACAGAUAUAUUGUUUCCUUUUUGUUGUGUAUCUUGCACACAUCUGCCAAGAUGCGGCUCCUCACGGCUGCCCUGCUGUUCUUUUUACUUGAUUCCACUUCCAGUGUUCAGUAUAAGGCGCUGGUGAAUAUGGGAGGAGUACAAGGCUAUGUGAAGUUUAACUCCACCUCCCAGAUGGUCACUGUCAAUGUGACUGGAGUGGGAUCUUGUGAUUCAAUUAACAUAUCCGUCAGCCAGUAUCCUGUCAUGUAUGGCCAGUUUGAUGAUCCCUGUUCUGAACAAAACAUCGGCCCCAGCAUCUUCACCUUCGCUGCAAAUCCUGUCUCUGUCUCCAGGCUCAAUGUGACACAAGGCAUAAACCUGGCUGACUACUCCAUAUCUUUACAGACAUGCAGUGGCGCUAAAGUGUGCGCAGUUGUGACUCAAGAUCAGACGAUUUUGACUGCUCAGGCCAGAUUCAACGGGCCCAUCGCGGGUAAUGUCUAUUUGCGUUCUGAUUCCCAAUCACUCUGGUUCCUUGUAGAUCUCGUGAGAACCGGUCAAGUCAAUGCCACACAAACCACUUUGCCCCUGUAUGCCUCUUUAAGUAAUGCUGCAAACUGUAGCGCUUUACUCGAAAACUUAAAUCCGGCAGAUUUGAGCUUUCUGGGUAAUGUAAAUGUUGGAACCCCUUCACAACUUCAGAAAUCUCGUCUGGAUUUCUCCGCCGUCGGAAUCCCAAGUCUUCCUUCUGGCUUUCUUCUCCACCCAAUGGAGACAGGUUUCAGGUGUGCUCAGGGUUACACUGUACCGGUGAAACAGAUCAGAGCUGAUCUGAAUAUGGAAGGCAUCAAAGGAUACUUAAGCUUUCGUCAGGCUUCCCCAUUUGAUCUGACAACUGUGCGAGUAAAUCUGACUAACUUAGGCGGGAGAGUUGCCACUUACCACGUCCACCUAUUUCCUGUCCCUGCACUCGGCACAAGUACAUCAAGCCAGUGUUCGAAUGAUAAUGUGGGGGGCCACUGGAACCCAUUUAGAGUCAACACGAGUGCCCCAACAUACCCGAACGGGCCUGGAUCAACACAUGACAUGUAUGAAGCGGGUGACCUCAGCUCCAAGCAUAUGUCCCUUGCAGGGCUAAAUGAGUUGGAUGCAGAAUUCUCAGACUUUAAUCUCCCUCUUUUUGGACGGAACAGCAUUGUAGGACGCUCAGUUGUAAUUCACGUAACCGAUGGUUCUAGGAUUGCUUGUGCCAGCAUCAGCUAUCCCGGUGAAGUGAUUGUAGGCAGAGCCAUAUUUCGCAGCCCUGUGGUUGGUGAGAUCGUGUUCACCCAGGUGGCGGACAACCCUCUGUCUGAUGUAUCCAUCUUUGCAGAUUUGUCAUAUGGAAAUCCCUCAAUGACAGCAACCAUAAACCACAACUGGCACGUUCACGUCUACCCAAUUAGCUCAGAGAGGGACAACGAUCAAAAUAGUUGUAGCACAACAGGAGGUCACUGGAACCCCUUUAAUGCCAACACUUCGGAUAGCAGCUAUACCAUGUACUGUAGCCCAACUGGUCCCUUUUCAUGUGAAGUGGGAGACCUCACUGGAAAACACAGCACCUUUAAUCUCGGUCCCAGAGUAGGAGUUCUUGCAGCAAAAUACUUCUUCACUGAUGUCACUUCCUGGUUGUCUGAGUCAGGCAUUAUUGGUCGCUCGGUGGUCAUCCAUCAAGCAAACGGAGGAGGGCCAAGGAUUGCCUGUGCCAAUGUCACAAUGGUGCGGGUCCCCAGAGCUAGGUUAGGUGCGUGGUUUGGCUCUGAGACAUCAGGUGGCGAAAUGCAGUUCUCUCAGGCUGUUCCAAAUGGCCCAACGACCAUAUCCGUGGACCUGACAAACCUAAAUAACCAAGCUGGAGGUUACCAUGUUCACAUAUUACCCCUCAUACCGGGCACCAUAGAUCCCUGCUCAGAUGCAAACAUCCUGGGCCACUACAACCCACUAAACGUCAACAUAACUUUGUCCCCCCCACCUGGAGUUGGCACUGUGGACCAGUAUGAGAUUGGAGACAUAAGUGGGAAGUUUGGGACAUUGGCUGGCCGAAACAGCCUAAAUGAUUCAUACAUGGACCCUGACAUGCCACUGACUGGACCCUACAGCAUAGUAGGACGAUCUGUGGUGGUUCACUUCACCAAUGGAUCAAGACUUAGGUGUAGUAACAUCUCAGCCGAGAGAAAUGCAAAUGGAGAAUUUGCUUUGGCUAAGGCUGUUUUCAGUGGUAAUGUGAAUGGGACGGUCAAACUGCGCCAGCAAAUGUUUACUGAUGGGAGUUUUGGGGACCUUACGCUGGAGGUGAACCUUAAAUCAUCUGACAAUACAACUAUGGCUUCCUUGUACAUCACAACCAACCGUGUGGAUGCCAACGACCGUCAGUGCGCUAAUGUGGGAAACACUUUCAAUCCCUUCAACAUGACAUCAAUGAGCUCCACCUGUUCACUGGAAACCCCUCUGAGCUGUGUGGUGGGGGAGAUAUCUGCAAGGCAAGGCAAUGUCAGCCUGACUCAGAGACAGGUCUUCACUGACAGCAUCACCCAGCUCACUGGAGACAACACAGUGGUCCAUAGAUCUCUAGUGCUGAAGAGAGGAGACAGCAUCAUUGGCUGUGGUGAGAUCCUCCCAGAAUCUCCAUCAGCAGACCAGACCUUUCCCAGGGUGGCUAACUUCAGUCGAUUUGACUUCCGUAACAGGGUUGCAAACGUCCUGCAGUUGAAUAUGGCAAGAGUCACUAUCUUGCCAAUGUCUCCACUGCCUGCAGCUGGUGGAACAUGCCAACAAGUCAACUUCAUGGUGUCUGGGGAUGUCAGCAGUAAUCUGCUGAACUCCGUCAAAAAUAGUCCACAGAUGGGCCCGUUCAGAGAGUCUGACCGAUGCAGAAGUGCAGGUGUGCCGCUGGCCCCAGGAAGUUUUCUGCUUGCCUUGAUGUUUGCUGCUGGAUUCCUUCUGCCAAAUUACCUGUAAUUCAGACAGUCAACCACAUCAUGCACCAUUACAGGGGACACAUGGAUCCUCAUAUUGUAAAACUGUGAAUAUGUUUAUGAAAUGUAACACACCAAAUGUUACGAUGGUCAUCAGGCAAAUCAGAUUGUGUCUCUUUGCAUAACCUCUGUCUGCCAAGAAAGAUCUUCCUAUUUGACAUUUUCCUUCUCAUAAUUAUCGGUUUAGGGAAUAGCUGUCCAGUGUGGCCUUGUUAGAAACUUUCUCUUUUACACAACACAGAUAUUGCUGUUUAUAUAUAUAUAUACUGUAUAUUGGACUCUUAACUGCCUGGGUGAAGUUAAUGCUGUGCGUUACCAAUUGUACCUCCAGACUUGUUUCUUUUUGUAUGCAUAUAUCCAGGUGAAAUGUUAUGUAAAUAUUUGAAAAUUGUGAAUAAAAUCAGAAAAUGUAA